UCCCCGGGGCGGAGGGAACGGAGCCGAGCCCGCCGGAAUCGCGCCGUUCCAUCCCCGCCGCUUUCUCUGCGGCUUCGCUAUGUCGUCGGGCGGCAGCCUGAGCACCAUGCAGCGGCUGGUGGAGCAGCUGAAGCUGGAGGCGGCCGUGGAGAGGAUCAAAGUCUCUCAGGCAGCUGCAGAACUCCAGCAGUACUGUAUGCAAAAUGCUUGCAAAGAUGCCUUGCUUGUUGGGGUUCCCACAGGGAGCAAUCCCUUCCGUGAACCCCGAUCCUGUGCUCUGCUCUGAAAUCAGGGGAGGUCAUUGGAGGAUUGCCUUCAAGCAUCACAUGAAUAACAACUGCCUUUCCUUCACAAGAAAAGUCUCUUUUAUGCGGCUAGAACAGCAUCCUAGAUAUCUGUCUGUGUGUUCUUGUGAAUCUGUUUUCCACUAUAUUUUAGUAAUGUUCUUGAAGUUUUUUAAUUUAACUCUUACUCUUUUUGUAAUCAUCAUCACUUUUACUACACUAUGCUAACUAUACAAAUAUUACUUGAGAAGUUUACAUUUUAGAAAUGAAAAAUAUGUGAAGUUUUAAUGAAAUUACUUACUCUGACCUUGAUAAACUGUAACACCACAAUAAUAGCAAAAACUACUAAUGGGGAUUUUUUUUCCAAAAUAAAACAACCUAAAAGUGAAUAAUUAAAGUAUAAAGCUAAAUGCUGUUAGAACUGAAGUAAUGUCCUCAGGAGACAUUUUGCUUCCAUUAGCAAGACCUGGAACCAACUUUAGUUUUUUUUCAAGUGCAUCUGCGUGCAUAAAUGACAUAUUUUAGUAACUGCUGUAGCAGAGGCCUGAUUCCUAAAGCAUAUUUCUUGCAAUACUUCUGAUCUGUAAGCCUUCUUCUACUUUGUAACAGUACUGCUGUGGUGGAUUUUUUGUCAUUUUCUUGACAUAUUUAAAAUGUUACCAAACAGACACUGAGAAUCUGUAAACACCCAAAGAUAAUUGCAUGCAUUGUUGUCACGGUUUGCAAUACACAGAAUUUACUUAAAAUGUGCUUGGUCAUUUGCCUUCACUUUUCUGAUAGAGCACUUUUACAAGAACAACUUUUUAAUAGGUUUUUAAUUUUGUGUACUUCCUGUUGUUUGUAUUAAUCUUUUAGAAGUUUGGAAAUAAAAUUCCUAUCCCUCUUGGCUUUGAA